AACACGCAACUUCCAGACUGCAAACCAAAAUGGCGACGUCCAUGGAGGAAGCACUAUGACAGUUCGACCGAGCUUGUGCAACUCUCCAUUAUUUACUGAACAGAUUUGGACAUUUCACAAUUGAAUGAAAUCGCACUGCUGUAUCGUGGAUGUGUACUUAAUGAAUUGAUUUUCAGACUGAAUCAUGGCGCUCCAAAGACUGUCCUUCAGAUUACGUCAAACGGUGACACAUGCACGGUCAAUCCAUGGCUCUGGGUGUGGCCAGCAGCUGGAAGCCCUGGCAGGAGAGCCCAAACCACAACAUGAGCCCCUCCAGGUCUUCAGGACGCAGGAGAACGACCCGGCCUGCCAUUCAGAGAACCAUCUUGGACAGUACUACACUCUGCCCCCAGAUCACCCUCGCACUCUCUUCCCUCACGGCCUGCCCUCACGCUUCCAACUGCAGACCAAGACGUUCACUGAGGGCUGUGUGAUGGUGAGGCAGCCCGCCCUGGAGGUCAUCUCCCACCUGAGGAGAGCCGACUACAGCAAACCCGCCCUGCGCUAUGUGUUCUAUGGAGUGAAGGGAAGUGGAAAGACCAUGUCCCUCUGCCAUGCUGUUCACUACUGUGCCUCCCAAGGAUGGCUGGUGCUGCACAUACCAGAUGCCCAUCGAUGGGUGAAAAACUGCAAGGAGCUGCUGCCUUCGACCUAUAACAGCUCUCGGUUCGACCAGCCAAUCCAAGCUUCUAAUUGGCUGCGCAAUUUCAGAAUCACAAACGAGCACUUCCUGUCCAAGAUGACGACCAGGCAGAGGUACGUGUGGACGAAGAGAGAGAGCACUGAGGAGGGACGUCCGCUGGGGGAACUGGUCGACCAGGGCGUGACCCGGGUGAAGAGCAGUAGCGACGUGGUCGGAGCCCUGAUGAAGGAGCUGAGGCUUCAGACGGCAGAUCCAGACCUCAAGGGCUUCAGGGUGGUCGUGGCCGUGGACGGGAUCAACGCUCUCUGGGGGAGGACGACCCUGAAGAAGGAGGACAAGAGCCCGGUGUCCGCCCAGGAGCUCACGCUGGUUCAUAACUUGAGGAAGUUGGUGAAGAAUGACUGGUGUGGAGGGGCAGUCAUCACCACUCUGGCUCAGACCGGAUCGCUCUACACACCAAGCUCCGCCUACCUGCCACACGAGCUGCUGGGAGAGGAGGGCUUUAACACCAUGGAGCCCUUUGUCCCUGUUCCAGUCUCGGACUACAGCGAGAAAGAGUUUGAGAGUUGUUACUUGUACUAUCUGAACCGUAACUGGUUACAACACCCACACAGUCGAACCGAGGAGGGGAAGAAAGAGUUGAUCUUUCUGAGUAACAGAAAUCCAUCUCUUCUGGAUAGACUUUGCGCUUUCCUCUGAAACACACACAUUCACACACACACACACUCAUGUGGAUGUGUGCACACAUACUGUAUAUAACGUCAGUGUUAUAAUCCAUUUCUGUGUGUUUCCAACCAUAAGUUAUUCUGUCCUGCAGCAUGAUACUGUAUGUCUUUCAUAAUAAAAAUGUU